GGCCACCUCAGACCGUUGCGCUUCAAUUUGCAUUGUAGUUUGACAUCUCUCUUUACAUCUUAGUUGUGUAUUUAUAGUCAUUCUUAGACAAUAUAUAUUUGCAGUCUCCUCUCACCACCUUUCUUUCUAUUUUGAUACCCUGCUGCACUGGCAGCGUCGCGCGAUCCAACGGGCCCCGGACAUUCACAUUAAUAACAACGUGUUACACUUUAGGGAGCUAUUCACUUCACGGUCAAUGAUAUCAAUCUGCUCGCCGGGGCGCUUCUAGAAUUAUGACUAUCCUCAUCCGCCGAAUCAUAGGACUCUGCAGCGCAGCAAUCUUCCUUGUCGUUGUCUUUCGCCAGUUUUCUCCUGAGCUCCUGGAGCCCGAUCACCGAUUUCCAUUGGCAAACGACAAGUCGUCCGCUAGAUUAAAACAGCCUGUGAAGUGGAAAGAUAUACCCAUUCGUCAUCCAGUGACGUCGAUAGUUCCCUUGCCUACAGGCAAGCCCACGACGAUUCCUCGGAUACAGCACCGGUUCGGCGUGGAGACAGACCACAAUAAGCAAAAGCGGUUAGAGAGGCAGCAAGCUGUCAAGGAGGCAUUUCAGCAUUCGUGGAAGGGAUACAAAGAACAUGCCUGGCUACAGGACGAGAUCGCGCCGGUCUCCGGGGGAUUUAAGAAUGGAUUCGGCCAGCGCGCAGCGACGCUUGUCGACAACCUGGAUACGUUGAUUAUAAUGGGAUUGGACGACGAGCUCAAAGAGGCGCUUGCGGCGCUCAAAGAGAUCGAUUUCACCACGAGUAUGGAAACUACGUUGAAUGUUUUUGAAACUACGAUCCGCUAUCUUGGUGGGUUGCUGGGCGCCUACGAUUUGAGCGAAACGAAACAUUCGAUACUGUUGGAGAAGGCGACUGAGUUGGGUGAUAUGCUUUAUGCCGCAUUCGAUACCCCGAAUCGCAUGCCUAUCACGAGGUGGAAUUGGGUUAAUGCUGCUGCCGGUGGCGCGCAGGAAGCAUUAUCCGGCUCACUCAGUGCCGAAUUAGGGUCGUUGACCCUCGAGUUUACACGUCUCAGCCAACUGACUGGUGAUGAUAAGUACUUUGAUGCGGUAGAACGCAUCUCGGGUCACCUUUUGAAGCACCAAAACAAGACCAGGAUCGCAGGCCUCUUCCCGAUUCGUGUGAAUCCGCUACAGGAAGUCUUCAACGACGACCGGUCUUUCACCUUUGGAGGCAUGUCUGAUUCUCUGUACGAAUAUCUGCCCAAGCAGUGGCUUCUACUCGGAGGAUUAGUCCCCAAAUACCGACAGAUGUACGAGACUGCAAUCGACGUAGCGAAGCAGCAUUUGUUUUUCCGACCCAUGAACCCGGAGAAUCAGGAUCUUCUCGUAGCCGGUAGCCUCAGCACAAGUCUGUCAGGCAACGUGAAACUGAUACCCGAAGGCCAACACUUGGCCUGCUUUGCCGGUGGCAUGGUAGGCAUGGGUGCCCAAAUAUUCAACAGAUCGGAAGACCUAAGAGUCGCGCGCCAACUUGUGAAUGGCUGUAUCUGGGCAUACGAUUCCAUGCCGUCGGGAAUCAUGCCGGAGAUCUAUCGACUCGUCCCGUGUCCCACCUACCAGUGCAGGUGGGAUGAAGGAGUCUGGAAGAGUGCCGCGCAGUUUGAUGCUGGAAUGGGGAGAGACCAGACGCCAGAUGAGAUUAUCAAGGAUGACCGUCUUCCGCCAGCCUUUACGCAACUCAUUGACCCCAGAUUCCUCCUUCGUCCCGAGGCGAUCGAGUCCGUGUUCAUCCUGUACCGUAUAACAGGAGACCACGAACUACUCGAGGCAGCUUGGCGCAUGUUCGACGCCAUCCGCACUGCGACCAAGACCGAGUUCGCUUACUCGUCUAUCGCAGAUGUCACGGCACCGAAGGGCCUGCCGACAAAGAAGCUUGAUUCUUGCGAGAGUUUCUGGAUGUCGGAAACUCUGAAGUACUUUUACCUGAUAUUUUCCGAGCCCCAUGUCGUGAGCUUGGAUGAAUAUGUCCUUAAUACGGAAGCACAUCCCCUGCGCAGGCCGCAGGUCGAGAACAGCUGGUUUUAGAUGGCACUCUAUCAAAAGAGAUGCAAAAUUAUAGAGGUCACUGCAUAUCAUUCAGAGAUCAGAGAGGGUACAUAUAUUAUGAAAACACCACGCACAAAGUGCGACUCUCGACCUGAUGAGGUACAUAAUGGCGUACUCGGGUUUUGAAGUAUAUAGGUAGAAAAUCAAAGCCUUUUUUCCCGACG